AUGUUCGACAAUAAGCAUAUAGACAAUGACACCUUUGAUUAUGUCCGACCUCUUGAGAACGAAGCAAAGGCCGGACGAUUCUAUAUGUUGCCUAAAAUACAUAAAACGGGCAAUCCAGGUCGACCAAUUGUAUCAGCGAAUAGUCAUCCAACUGAAAAGAUAUCAGAAUUUGUAGACCAUCAUCUAAGACCUCAUGUGAAAGACACAACUGAUUAUCUAAAGAAAAUGGAAAGCCUCAAUCCUUUACCAAGCAAUACUAUACUUGCAUCCAUGGACGUUUCUUCUUUAUAUACCAACAUUCCACAAAACGAAGGAAUAGCGUGUGAAGAGGCAUGGAACACUCGUAGUGAAAAAAAUCGUCCUACCGAGUGCCUUGUUACACUUCUCAAACUAGUACUGGAGAAUAACAACUUCUCUUUCAAUGAAAAACACUAUCUCCAGAUAGACGGUACUAGUAUGGGCACAAAAAUGGCCCCGUCAUAUGCCAACAUAUUUAUUGGCCAACUUGAAAAACGCCUCUUGGCUAGUGCUCCAUAUCAGCCCUUUUCAUGGUUCCGAUUCAUUGACGAUAUUGAUUUCAAAUGGACAGAUUCACAAGAACAUCUUCAUGAAUUUCUAGAACACUGUAACUCUUUCCACCAUUCAAUAAAAUUUACAUAUGAGUCCUGUAUGGAGAAAAUUAACUUCCUCGAUACUACGAGUUACAUCAAGAACGGAACCAUUAUAACGGACCUUCAUACCAAACAAACGGACAAACAUCAAUUCCUUUCUCCAAAAAGUUGCCAUCCUAAACACUGCUCCCGUGGUAUCCCAUUCAGCCAGGCAUUACGAAUCAAGAGAAUAUGCUCUAAUGAAAAUACGAAAGAUGCUAGACUUGGACAACUUUGUAAACAUCUAGUUGUUCGAGGAUAG